AUGAUCAACUAGCCGAUAAACCUGCCCUAAGCCUCGAUGCGGCCGGGGCUACCUCCAUCUCUAGAUUCUGAUGAAGAGCUAUCUCAGAGAGGAGGCUAGGAAAAUAAGAAUUCAUCUUAAUAGGCAGUUUAUCUGGCAGAUCUGAAUGUCUGUUAUUACUAAUAACUUUAAAGGCAGACUGUUUGCUAGGAAGAAGACGUUAAUGCUGAGUAAAGUCAACUCUUUAGAGUGGACUAAAACCUUCUACAAAUAAAGGAAGGCUUUUACGAGUUGCAGAUUACUAUUUAAAUUGAGAAGUAAUUAAUUAAGCUCACCCAUUACUUUGGUAAAUCUUUUGAAGUCUUUUCUAAUUAGUCUCAUGCUGAAAACAAAACUCCUACUCCCUCUAAUAGGAGUAAGAAAGGACAGAGAAGCCGCCCUUCUUGUGUAUAGAAGGCAAUUUAAUCAGUUAAUUUAAUAUCCUGUUUAUCUCCAACUAUAUCACCGACUACCAUUGAGAGGAAAGACUCAAGAACCUUACAAGGAAGGUAUGACUCUUUCUCAAGAAAGGCAAGUACUAGAAUAAAUUCUCAAAACGAAGAUUUAUCAGGUGAAAUUUAAUCUGUAAACUAAUCAGAUCUCAAAGUAUCUACAAUACUUUCUUAAUAAGAAAAGACUAACUAGUAAAAUUCUUUGGAAGAUUUUGAAGUAGAACUAGAAAAUCCCAACUUAAUAACCCCAAUCUCACAAAAUUAAUUAAAGAAGAGUAUAGACUUAUUUUCUUAGACAGCCAUAUAUACUGAUGAAUAAAUGGAAAAAAUCAAACUGUAACAAAGUGAAAUUUAGAGUGUAGCAAGACAGUAAAAUACUUAAGCUUAAGCUCGCGCACACGAUAAUAAUGAGCUCCAAUUAACAAAGCUCCAAUACGAAUAAACAAGUGAUCAUAACUUAGAAUCUGAUUAAAUGAGAGAAAAUAUAGAAUUUGAAAGUCCUAAAUUUUUACGAGGAAAUCAAAAUACUUUGUCAUUUGAUAUAUCCUUGCUUUAAGAACACAGCUUAGACAACUUUUCUCCUAAAAGAAACAAAUCAAACAACUUAGUAAAAAAUAUUCUAGUUGGCUUUAAAACCUCUUUAACAAACCCAAGAUCAAAGAUUUAUGAAUUGAUGGAUCAUGAAGUAAGGAUAAUCAAGGGUGAUAAGUAUAGUGAUUUCAAAAAGAAACUGAAAUAGUUCUUUAAGAAAGCAAGGACAAAUCUAAGUGAUAUCAUUAGUAUUUUUGAAUCAAACCAAAAGAGAGGCAUUUUUAAAAUAUUCAUAGAGAAAUACUCAAAACUCUGGCUUGAAAAUAGUCCUAUAUAGGAUAAAGAUAACAUUUUACAGUUUUUAGAUUUUCUUUUACUUUGUUACUAAGAUCCUAAUAAAAUUAAAUUGCUCAGUCCUUACAGAAGAAAUAAGUAAAGAAAUUUAUACAGAGUUACUGACUCAGAUAAAGAAGAUGAUGGAUAGGAAGUCAAUAUUUAAUUAAAGGAUUUUAAAAAAACAAGCAAAGUAGACGAAAAUAAUUUUAGCAUAGAAGACGAAGAGUCUUAUGGUGAAUAUGAUAAGUAAAAAAAUUUAAGCCCAGAAAUAAGUAGAAAAUAGGUCAAUAGUAAAGUGAAUAAAGACUCAAAAAUUAAAAAAAUAGCAAAAGUAGAUUAGGAUGAAAAAACUGAAUCAUUCAUAGAAGAAGAAACAUUUGAAGAAAUGCAAAUCAAAGAUCAAAAAAUAAAAUAAAGAAAGAGUAGCAGUGAAAAAAUAGAUAAUUCAUAUGAAGAUUUUAGUGAGAUCUAAUAAUCUCAUUAAAAAUCUGAAUUGCCAAGCUUAUAAAGAAACAAGUUGACUAAUUAUGAGAUCAUUAAACAAUGA